AUGAGGCCAGUACCAGCAUCACCAGCACCACACCACUUGAGACUACUUGCCUCCUCCUCAGUUAUAGCUUCACCAUCUCAGCUUUUUUUGGCCUCCUCCUAUCAUCAGUCCUGCAAAACAAAUCAAGUAUUUUUUUCACACAAAUGGACCUUAUCAAGAAAACCAUACCUGAGAAAAAUAUUUGCCACACGCAACUCAAGCCAACAUAACAGGUCUCAUAUGUGCCUCCCUGACUGCCUGCCGAAGCUCGUGCUACCCCACUCUCGACCUCAAAUCCUCAGUCGACUAUCGUGCCACAUCAGCAUCAGCCAUCAGCUUGGCGUGCUGAAUGUGCUGCUGACUCAGGUGCUCCCUCAUGUCGCUAACCUGAGCAUCAUCAACCUCCGACUUCACGGCCAUUUAGCGUCUCGUGUUUCAUCCUCACUUCUUUCAAAUGUGGUGGUGCUGGUACUGGCCUCAUGGUCCUUAACCUGGUCCCAGGCUUGGGCCCACUUGGCUUUGGCCUUUUCUUGGGCCUGGGCAUGGGCCUUGGCAUGGGCCUUGGCCUGGGCCUUUGGCCUUCUCUUGGGCCAGCUUAGCAGCCUCCUUGGCUCAUUUAGCCUCCUGCCUACUCUUUUCCCUGAAUGCCUUUGUGCAGUCCUUCCUGUGGGCUUGAAUUGCUUCAUCCUGAGAAAAAUAUUUGCCACACGCAACUCAAGCCAACAUAACAGGUCUCAUAUGUGCCCCCCUGACUGCCUGCCGAAGCUCGUGGUACCCCGUGCAGUACUUCCUCCUUUCUGCCGACCUCCCUCCCUCAUAGCUACCCCACUCUCGACCUCAAAUCCUCAGUCGACUAUCGUGCCACAUCAACAUCAGCCAUCAGCUUGGCGUGCUGAAUGUGCUGCUGACUCAGGUGCUCCCUCAUGUUGCCAACCUGAGCAUCAUCAACCUCCGACUUCACAGCCAUUUAGCGUCUCGUGUUUCAUCCUUCCAGUACUAAUCUCGUUCUUCAUUACUUUGAUCUGA